AUGCGCUGCGAUGCCCGCACCACCGUGCCGUGUGCUCGCUGCCGCAACGCCGGCCGCGACUGCGUCCUCGACCCCAUCCACAACCCCAAUCACCCCAUUCACCCCAACAACCCCAACAACCCCAACUCCCGUCAGACCUCCAGGACCCCCUGGCCCGAACAUCAUGCCUUCGCCAGCCCCUCGCCCCGAGAACCUGCAGUGCCCGAGGUCCCCCUCGACUCGCUGCCCGAAUCCACCGUCGCCGAGCUGGGCUCUCCUCCGACUGCCGCCGAGAGACACGGCCAGGAGCCCCAGCAGCUGAGUCCCAAUGAGAUGAUUGCCCCGGGCUCCGUCAUGCACAGCAUGUCCGUCAACCUCCUCGGCUCCAGCAGCAUCUUUAUGGAUACAACCAGCAAAGCCGAUCCGAAGAGCGAUAUCGUCGUGCGCGGCAUUAUCAGUGAAGAACGGGCCCGCGUGAUGUAUGACCGCUUCAUGGGUGGAAGCAAGAACUUCCUGGCCCUCUUCGACCCCAUCCGGGACACCUUCGACUCCAUCCGCUCGCGUUCGCUAUUCUGCUUCUCCGUCAUCAUCUACCUGGCCAGUCGCGCCGUCCUGGACCUGCGCAGCGACACCCAUCUUCAGCGCGUGCUGCAGGACGAGGCCCAGCGCCUGGCUGAGGACAGCUUCUUCGAGCGCCCCACCAAGGUGGAAACCGUCCAAGGCAUGAUCCUGCUGGCCGCCUACUCGGAGAAGACCUGGUUCUCCACCGCGCUCAUCCUGCGCACCGCGCUGGACUCCGGCCUGGAGAAGUCGCUGGACGCCUUGCUCGCCCAGGAGAAUGUGCCCCGCAGCUCGCUCUCCGCCUCCAUGGCCGACCGGAAGCUGGUGUGGCAGACCCGGACCUGGCUGAUCAGCUUCACCCUCGAGCUGGACGUCGCCUCGGGCACGGGUCGCAAGUCCCGCAUCGACGCCGUGGACACGGUGAAGCUGCGCAAGUUCCUGGAAUACCCGCUGUCGCUGCCGUCGGAUAUGCGCACCAUCUCCAUCAUUGAGAUCCACCAACUGCGCAGCCAAUUUCGUAUCAUCAUCGAGAACGCCACGACGGUCCGCGAGAUCGUCGCCGUCGAGCUUCCGGCCGUCAUGACGAGGCUACAGACCUGGUGGAAUACGUGGGAUGAGUUACACGGCAGUGACCUCAAGAUGAUGAUCAACUACGCCCGAAUCUUUGUCCUGUGUGCGUCCCUGGGUCGGAUCCAGAAGCUCCAGUCGAGCGCCGCCGGGUCGGGGCCGGAGAUCGAGGACAAGGAUAUCUUUCAGCUGUGGCAGUCCCUGGCCACGGCCAUCAUGGACCACCUGGCGUGCUUGAUCCGGGAAGGCGCCUACCGAUGCCAGCUCUCGUGGGCCCCGACCUAUCCGGCUCUGACGAUCGCCUUUGUGACCACCUUCGCGCUCCGCAUUGCCCGCUGGCGCCCCGACCUGAUCGACCAGGACUUGCUCCUCGAACGGGCCCAUGUGAUCUGCGAUUUUCUCAAGCAGCCGCCUUAUCCGGACAUCCAUCGCACCGUGUCCAUCUUCGUCAACUACGGGCGGGCCCUGGUCGCCAGCCAACGGGGGCAUGGCGACCUGUGCGCGGAGGGGCCCAAGGAGUUCGAGCCGGCCCACGCACCGCUGGCCAUGGACCGGGAUGCGGACGGGCUGCUGGGCGAGCUGUCCUCUGCCGCAGGGCCGCCGCCUGAGCCGGCCAGCGACCGAGCAGGUGCCAUCACCACCCUCCCGGCCAGACUGCCCGGGCCCAUGGAGGCGCCCAAUUGGUCGCUGUGCAAUCCGAUUGCCGACUCGUUCGGGCUUUUCGAGGAGGAGCAGAACGACAUCUUUGAUUUCCUGCCCGUGAUGCCCUCCAUGCCGCAAUAG